UAUAAAAUAAUACACACACAGGCAACACAAAAACUAUUGGUUAUGUUUCUGUAAUGUUUUUCUUACUUCCAGAGCCAUACGACACGCAGGCCCCGGUUUCAAAUCUAAGAAGGCAUUUCCCUGAAACAUGGCUCUGGGAACUUUAUGAAAUUCCAGCAAACGGUAACGUAUCCUUCACUGAGAAGAUGCCAGACACGAUCACAGAGUGGGUGGGGAACACUGUCUGUCUGCACGAGAGCGCAGGGCUAGGGAUAUCUGACGUCGCUUCAGUCACAGGAUACCAGCCGUUCUUUGUUGACGUCAAACUGCCGUACUCUGCUGUCAGAGGAGAACUGCUCACCGUUGACGUCAGCGUGUUUAAUUAUUUGCCUCACUGCGUCGCUGUACAAGUGGAUAUCAUCGAGGGGGCGUGGUUUAUCCUGGAGCCGCAUGAAGACAACCAGUUUUGCAUCUGCUCGAAUGUUGCCCAGGCGUACACCUUUAAGAUACGACCUCAUACGCUAGGCCGGAAUUCUAUCACUGUUUCUGCGUUUCUGCGAGAACACCGGGUAAGCUGCCACAGUACGCAAUCACCUCCUGGCUUUUUAAAUAAACGAGCUACAGAACUUCUCGUCCGAGAUAUUCUUGUGCAGGCUGAAGGUUUUGAGGAAGAGAAGACACUUUCAAAGUUCAUCUGUCCACAAGAUUCUACUGAUGGCGUAUACAGCGAGGUCUUACAGCCAGAUGUACCAGACACCGACUACAUAGUGCCGGGAUCUCUCCGGGGAUGGGUCAAUAUCGUAGGCGACAUACUUGGUCCCGUCCUGGAUGGGCUAGAAGACAUAGUUCAGUUACCAACAGGGUGUGGAGAACAAAAUCUGAUUCGUCUUGCUCCCAACAUAGCCGUCCUUCGUUACCUGACGGUAACCGGACAGAUUACCAACGACAUUGAGCUGAAAACCAUCAGUCAUUUAGAGAAAGGAUAUCAACAGCAGCUUCAGUUCCUGCAUACAGACGGCUCCUACAGCGCGUUUGGGCCGGCAGACGACAAGGGAUCAACGUGGCUGACAGCUUUCGUCUUUAAGACGCUUGCGCACGCCCAGGAGUUCAUUUAUAUCGACAGAAAAAAUAUCCAGACGAAAUCUUGGGAAUUCUUAUUAAACAAACAAGGGGAAGAUGGGUGUUUCUAUGAACGGGGAAAGGUAUUGAGUAAAUACAUGAUGGGUGGGGUAGGUGCAAGUCAGGAAGACCACAAGCGCGCACUAACUGCGUACGUGCUAACCGCCAUGUUGGAAUCAUUCCAGAUGAUGCGCGAAAGAACCCCUCCUUUCGUGGCGUUGGCGGUGCGGUGUAUCCAGGUUGAAGAUCUGACAGACACGUACACGCACGCUCUGGUAGCGUACGCAAUGGCUCUGUACAAGCCUACGAGCAGAUUUACCUCAAUUAUCAUCGACAAUCUCCGUGAGAAAGCCAUUGUAAGAGGCGAUACAAUGCACUGGCGUCGAGAAAAACACCCAGAUAUCCUGUCUGGACAGGGCCGCGCCGCCUCGGCGGAAGUUGAGAUAACAGCUUACGCCCUACUUGCCAUUCUCAGUCAAGACAAGAAUGCUGCUGUUGGAGAAAUCAUUCCAAUUGUGCGCUGGCUUACUAGUCAGAGAAACUCCUAUGGAGGGUUUGCAUCAACACAGGACACAGUUGUUGCGUUACAAGCACUUGCCCUAUUCAGCAGGCGUGUAUACGGCGAUGGGAUUGAUGUCAAGGUCAGUCUGACAGAUGAAAACAGCGCUAGUCUGGACUUCCACGUGCUGCAUAGUAACAGAAUAAUACUUCAACGACGUGAUUUGCCCAACCCGGGCUCUCAACUUACAUUGAAUGCAAAAGGAGAGGGCUGUAUAUUGUUUCAGUGGACUUCGAGAUACAACGUUGAAAAUAAGGUCUUGCCGGAUGAUGUGUUCAAUGUGUCAGUGACCACACCGGUCACAAAGUCAGUUUUCCAAAAGGAGUGUAAGGGAAGAACAAUUCAUAUAUGUGCUAGUUAUCACGGCAAAGACUACUUGAGCAAUAUGGUGAUAGUCGAAGUGAGAAUACCAACCGGUUGGCGAUGUGACAUGGAAACCUUUCAGCAGUACUCGAACCAGGUUAAACUUGGUUUAAAGAAAUACGAAGUGAACAAAGAGUUUGAUAACGUCAUCAACUUCUACUUUGAGGAGAUGGAUAAAACAGACAGAUGCUUUGACAUCCAAGUUUAUCAAGAAGCUGUUACAGAGGACAACAAAGCUGCCGUUGUUAGGGUGAUAGACUACUACGAAUCAGGUCAGCAAACUGCGAUGUUCUACAAGAUGUCUGAAUGUACUGAAGAAAAUGUAAAAGAUAUUGAUGUUAAUAUUGAUACUGAAAAAGGAGAAUCGGAUGACAGCGAUAUAUUCUUCAAUGGCGAUCGGAUAAAUGCUGUUUUAGAUCAAGCAGCCAACCCGGUUGACAACGAUGGUGAUGGUGCGGCCGCUCCUCCAACCAGCAAAAGCACGUGCCCAAGCUGCCACGUGUCUGGAAUUGUAAAUAUUCUCAGUGAUAUCUGCACGAGGCAAGUUUGGCUACUUGAACCAAAUGGCGGUAAUUUCAUGCUGCGGAUAAUAGCUGGUGAUGGCGUCAGCCCUCCCCUCGAGAUUUUGUUGCCGAAUUCAGUACAAUUUUGUACCGAUUGUCAACCUUUUGUUCGGGAUCAAGGAAUGAAAAGUAUUAUGCUAGUUAAUCCCUACGAUUGGUCAGACCUUGGCGCUAACAUCAUGCAAUCAUCGACAAAGAUUAUUCCAUGGUCGGAAUCGUUGGAAGCUGCACUUCUUGGCAUUCUAAAACAAUGUGUCAAACACUAGUUCAUUCGGCAAAUAUAAAUAGGAUUGUUAGUGUAAUAUUUUCUUUUUGCUCUAUAAUGUAAACUUUCGCAAAGAACUGUCUGUUAAGCGCAAGUCGUGCACAUGUAAAUCGGAAAAUGAAGGUGUCGCUAAUAAAUGGUUAGGUGCAAACGGUGAAUGGUUCCUUAAUAUCAAUUUCAUUUACAACAUGUGCAUCGCUUUUGUAUAUUUCAAUAAAGAAGUCACUGUG